AUGGCACGUGAUAUGUUUAAGGCCAACCCAUUGUUAGAGUUGAAGUUGAAACUCAUUUACGAUAGACCGCAAGACGGUCGUGUUUAUAAUAUGCCAACUAUCUCAGAAGUUGAUGCCCUUAUUGUUGGGGAUAUUGACACUGCUGAACAAAGAGACAUUAUUAUGGAUACAGGAAAAAUAUACUUCACAAGUAUAAAGACGAGACUACGGUUACAAGGAAAAACAUGCAAAGCAACAAAGAUUGGCUAUGUUUCCAUUACGCGUCUGUUGUUGAAGAAAAAUUUAAGCCAGCAUGAUAGACCCGACAUAAUUUCAAAUAUUUUCAAGCUUACAUUCAAUGAACUCAUGGCUGAUCUAACCAAGCGACACAUUCUUUGUAAAGUUUUGGCAUUCAUGUAUACAAUUGAGUUUCAAAAAAGAGGUUUACCCCUUGCACAUGUUUUUCUCUUCUUGCAUCCUCUUAGCAAGUAUCCAUCUUCGUCAAACAUCGAUAACAUCAUUUCCGCUGAAGUACCUGAUCCGAUACGCCAUCCAGCAUUAUAUGCUUUGGUCAAGUCACAUAUGAUCCAUGGUCCAUGUGGUCUGGCACGUCCGAAAUCCCCAUGUAUGAGAAAUAUGAAAUGCUCGAAGUACUAUCCCAAAAGUUUCGUUGAAGACAUAAUAGUUGAUGUUGAAGGUUAUCCAUUAUACCGCCGAAGAUCCAACACACAUUUUAUAGUAAAAAAUGGUAUCCAGUUGGAUAAUAGGAAUGUCGUUCCAUACAACACACGUUUGUUGUUUAAAUAUCAAUCGCAUAUAAAUAUGGAAUGGUGUAACCAGAGCACUUCUAUCGAGUAUCUAUUCAAGUACAUUCACAAGGGAUACGACAAAAUUACUGCAAGUGUUGUUGCUUCUAACUCAAACAAGGAUGCAAACAAUGAACCCAUAGAUGAGAUCAAACAAUAUCUUGAUUAUAGAUAUGUUUCUCCGAGUGAGGCAUAUUAUGAUCGAAUGGAGAAUAUUUUAGAAAAUGGAAGUGUGACCGAAUCGAUGUUAACGUCUUGGCUGGUUGCAAAUUUAGAAUAUGAGGAAGCCCGUUCAUUGACAUACGGUGAAUUUGUUACGAAGUUUGUGUAUGUUAAAAGAAGUAGAACAUGGAAUCUGCGAAAAAGAGGGUUUACCAUCGAACGUUUAAUAUGGGUGCCACCAACAACCGGUGAACUUUUCUAUCUACGGAUGAUGUUGACUGUAGCCAAAGGACCUAUAACUUAUGAAGAAAUCAGAAAAGUUGGUGACAACCAAUAUGAAACUUUUCGAGAAGCUUGCUUUGCAAUGGGCUUUCUAGACGAUGAUCGAGAGUACAUUGGUGCUAUCAAGGAAGCAAGUGCAUGGGGAUCAGACCAUUAUCUUAGGAAACUCUUUGUUGUUAUGCUAUUGUCUGGUGCCGUAAACCGUCAUGGUCAUGUUUGGAAUGAGUCAUGGGUUUGGUUAUCGGAUGGUCUAUUGCAUGAAUAA